AUGACCAAAGUGGAUGUGGCGGAAGCUGUGAAGAUUACAACGUUAGUGGCACGUUUCCUGGAGAACACCAAGCGUCAACGUGCAGCUUUACAACUCUACAAAGAGUUGGUGACACUAUUGGACUUCAUCGAACAGGAAUUUAAUUCAUCAAGAGCCUCAAUAUACGAUAAAACACGAAAGAAGUUCGAUCACUGGACUAAAUCAGCAUUUCUUUCUCUUGCUAAAGUCAAUUUACAUUUGGGUGAGUAUAAAGAGUCAAAGAUAUAUGCUGAACUUGCUCUUGCUAAAAGUAGAAAAACUGGCAGCAAAGAGACAGAAAAGUUAUGUCACCAAAUAAUGUGUCUAUGUCUGGCUUUUGGUUGUCACCAACAUGACCUAAAUACUGAAUGUCUAAAAGAAAUGCUCUCAGUUAUCAAGGAAUCCGGCGAUAUAGAGACAGAAGCAAUUGCCUACUAUCUUCUUGCCAUAAGUCAUGCUCACGUUGGUCAGAUGGAAGAGGUAGCAGAGUUUCUAGUGGAAUCAAUUCAAACGAGUCAGAAAGGUGGUUACAGGUGGUUAGAGGUUAAAUGCCUAAUCACACUAGCACUUGUAGUGCUUUUGCCAGGCCAGAAAAAUAAAGCGUUUCAGAAACUUGAGGAAGCUCUUGAAAUAAGCGAAGAAAUUGGAGACAUUAGGUGGAAAGCCAGUGCUCUUUUCGCUUUAGGGAACGCUCAUUUUGCUGAUGGUAGGUACGAAGAGGCAAAGAAGUUUUACGAGAACUCACUGCAACUCGAUGCAAAAUUGCCUCAAAUAGGAAUAUGGCUUUAUAUUAGGCUCGGUACUGUUCUUGUUGAACUUAAACAAUUUGACGAAGCCAUAAAGCUUUUACACAAAGCCCUUGAAGUCUGGGAAGAGGACAAACCAGUAUACCAGACCUUAAUCUGCAGGGACGAAAUCUUCGUCGCACUCUGUCAUCUACAUCUACUUCUUGGUCAACCGGAAAAAGGUACUGAGUAUGUAAACAAAAUAUUAACAGGAAGUUGGUACGAGGGGAAGCAUCAAUCUCUUAGUCACCUAGGUGCCUACAUUACUGCACAUGGACACUUUGAAGAGGCAUGCAACAUCCUGGCUGAAAGCAUCAAAGGUUAUGAAAACUAUAUUGAGUCUUUAAAUGACAAGUCCAAACUUUCUGUAGGAGACGGAGAAGACAACAUCGUGAUUUACCACCAACGCUGCUCUCUGCUACUCGCUCUUGGUAAGUUUGCCGAGGCUCUAUGUACAACAGAGCAAGGUCGUGCCCAUGUAUUGACAGAACUGUUGGUAAAGAAAUACAGGAUCCACGAAAAGGCCAAGUUUAGUGAAACGGAACUCAAUAGCCUUAUGGUUAGUUUGGCGAAAAGACAAGUUAUAGUUUAUUUUGGCUCUGGUCUCAAAGAGAGCAUCUUCUGGAUAAUGAAAAAUGACUUUGGUCCGAAAUUGGAGGCGAUUUCCCAAGAGAAAGCCAAAGUUGAUACACUCCUUGAAGCCAACUCCAGGUCACUUUUUUGCAGUCGAAACGUUAACUGCGAGGACCGUACAUUGUCAGCCUUGUAUGACAUUCAGGCUGCUGAUGAUGAUACCCAGCACGACAGUGUCAGUGAGAAACGUCUCCUUGAAGAGACAGACGACGAGGUACGUGAGGUUGAAAACUUACCCAAUCAACUUUUCAAGUCACUCAUCGCUCCAUUUGCUGAUCGUAUUCAGGGCCGAGAGCUUGCACUUGUUCCCGAGGGAUCUAUGGUCAUGGUUCCUUUUGCCGCACUACAGGACGAUUCUGGAAAGUACCUGUCUGACUCGUGCAGUAUUCGCAUCAUUCCUUCGCUGUCAACACUAAAGUUGAUUCUUGACUCACCAGAGAAUUAUCACAGUCAGAAUGGAGCGCUGAUCGUUGGCGAUCCACAAGUGAGUCAUGUCACAGCACUUCCGCAAUUGAAAGCAGCGAGGCAGGAGGCUAAAGAAAUCGCUGAUCUUCUGGAGGUGGAGCCUUUGUUGGGUAUGCAAGCCACGAAAGAAGAAGUGCUGCGACGAAUAACUGAUGUGUGUCUGGUACACAUCGCCGCCCAUGGUGACGCGGAAAGAGGAGAGAUUGCUUGUGCACCUAACCCAUCCUCCCCUAAAAACCCAACGAAGGAGGACUACAUGCUGACCAUGGCGGACGUUAGCAAGAUUCGGAUCCGAGCGAAGCUUGUUGUACUAAGCUGUUGUCACAGUGCUAAAGGAAAGAUCAUGAAAGCCGAGGGAGUUGUGGGGAUCGCUCGAGCCUUCAUUGCUUCAGGAGCUCGUUCAGUGCUGGUUUCUCUGUGGGCCGUGGAUGACAAAUCCACAAAGGAGUUCAUGAUUCGUUUCUACGGACAUCUGAAGCGUGAUAAAAUGAGUGCCAGUGAAGCUCUUCACCGGACCAUGAAGUGGAUGAGAGAAUCUGAGACGACCAGGUACACGGUGAGGGAAUGGGCCCCAUUCGUUCUGAUUGGAGAUGACGUCAAUCUGGACUUAUAA